GGUGACCAGCCAGAUACAUGCAAUCAGUGGGCAGAAGAUUCUUUGCUCUGGGUUGGUCUGGUUGGAAGUUAUCAACACUGCACACGCCGCCUGUAGCGUAUGUCGUGCAGCGGUCCCCAUUGCUCCAGUUCUUCCAAAAAACGUCCUUCUACCGAAACGACCCGCACCCUAGAAAUGACUCCCAGGUGAUACACAACGAGUACUGGAGUGGGGCUGCAGGGUACAAGGAUGGAGAAGGAAGAGCUGAAGAUAGUGAACAGAGGCCUGGAGGAUGAAAUGGAGGUGUCUGGGUAUAGGCUGUGCCAUUGGAAGCUGGCGCUGGUGGUUGUGGGUGUGGUCUGCACCGGCGGCUUCCUGCUGCUGCUCCUGUACUGGAUGCCUGAGUGGAGUGUGAAGGGCACCUGCACCCGUACCACUGUGAGGGAGGCGGAGAUCCUGCUGCUCCGAUCCACGGACGAGUUCAAACGGUGGUUCAGGGCCAAGGUACGGGUGAUGCUGACCUCAGGGAACAACCCCUUCCACAGCCUGGACCCCCAGACCUCCUCAUCUGUGGCUAACGGCCACACCCCGCACAGCCCACCCCAUGAUGCCCUCAGGAAGUGUGUCGAGAACCAGCCUGUACAGAUUCGCUAUUUCUCACUCCACAGCACAAAAUACUACUGGAAUGAUAUGAUCCAGAAUUUUGAAGUGUUAAAAGGCUUGGAGGACCUAGAGGUGACCUGUUCCUCCAUCCAUGCACACCACAGCAGCGGAUUGACCCCAGAUCAGCAGAACCACAGGAGACUGUUUUUUGGAGUGAAUGAAAUCGAAGUUAAAGUGCCCUCAAUUUUCAAGCUGCUAAUUAAAGAGGUCCUGAACCCGUUCUACAUCUUCCAGCUCUUCAGCAUCAUCCUCUGGAGUGCUGACGAAUACUACUAUUACGCCUCCGCCAUCGUCCUCAUGUCUGUCAUAUCAAUCGCUACCUCUUUGUACACCAUCAGAAAGCAAUACGUUAUGCUGCAUGACAUGGUGGCUUCUCACAGCGUGGUACGAGUUUCCACCUGCAGACCCAAUAACGAGGUGGAGGAGGCCCUGUCCACAGACCUGGUCCCCGGGGAUGUCCUCAUCAUCCCUGCCAAUGGGACCAUCAUGCCUUGCGAUGCUGUGCUGGUCAGCGGCACCUGCAUUGUUAACGAGAGCAUGCUCACAGGUGAGAGUGUGCCCGUCACCAAGACCAACCUGCCCAACCCGGGAGAGGACGAGAAAGGGGUGGAGGGUGCUGGCGUCUACAGCAUUGAGGAGCAUAAGAGACACACGCUGUUCUGUGGCACCCAGGUCAUCCAGACGCGCUUCUACACAGGGGAACUGGUCAAGGCCGUGGUGGUCAGGACCGGUUUCAGCACUGCGAAGGGGCAGCUGGUGCGCUCCAUCCUGUACCCGAAGCCCACCGAUUUCAAACUGUACCACGAUGCCUACCUCUUCCUGCUCUGCCUGGUGGGCGUGGCCGGGGUCGGCUUCUUGUACACCAUAGUCCUCAGCAUCCUUAACCAGGUUCCUGCAAGAACCAUCAUCAUCGAGUCCCUGGACAUCAUCACCAUCACGAUUCCCCCGGCGCUUCCCGCCGCCAUGACGGCGGGCAUCGUCUACGCCCAGCGGCGCCUCAAACGCGCCGGCAUCUUCUGCAUCAGCCCGCAGAGGAUCAACAUCUGCGGCCAGCUCAACCUCGUCUGCUUCGACAAGACGGGCACUCUGACCGAAGACGGUUUGGAUCUGUGGGGGGUUCAGAGGGUGGAGAACAGCAGUUUUCUCCUUCCAGAGGAGAGGGUGUGCAGGGAGGCCCUGGUGAAGUCCCAGUUUGUAUCCUGCAUGGCCACCUGCCAUUCCCUGACCAAACUGGAGGGGGUGCUGUCUGGAGACCCGCUGGACCUCAAGAUGUUCGAAGCCACAGGCUGGAUUCUGGAAGAGCCCACAGAGGAAGAAACUUCCCUCCAUAACCGCAUCAUGCCCACUGUGGUCAGGCCACCCAGGCAGCUGCUUCCCGAGACAGUGGUGUCUUCCACUCAGGAUAUAGAGCUCUGCGAGCUGUCGUCGUCCCACGACAUCGGGAUCGUUCGCCAGUUCCCCUUCUCCUCGGCGCUACAGAGGAUGAGUGUGGUGGCCAGGCUGCUGGGCGAGAAGCGCAUGGAUGCCUACCUCAAGGGGGCGCCAGAGGUGGUGGUCAGCCUGUGCAAGAAGGAAACAGUGCCAGAGAAUUUUUCUGAGGUUCUGGAAGAUUACACCAAGCAGGGGUUUCGGGUCAUUGCCCUGGCCCACAGGCGUCUGGAGUCCAAACUCACCUGGCACAAAGUGCAGAGCAUCAACAGGGAUCAAAUUGAGACCAGAAUGGACUUCCUUGGUCUGAUCAUCAUGCAGAAUAAACUGAAAACAGAGACACCAGGGGUUCUGGAGGACCUGCGACGUGCUAACAUUCGCACCGUCAUGGUCACAGGUGAUAACAUGCUGACGGCAGUAUCUGUGGCACGAGAUUGUGGAAUGAUCCCCCCGCAGGACAAGGUUAUCAUCGCCAACGCCGUGCCCCCUAAGGACGGCCGGUCUGCCAGGAUCGACUGGCACUAUGCGGAUAAUCCCGCCACGCAAGCAAACAAGGGAGCCCACUUUGAGGUGGUGGACAUCGGUCUGGAGGAGGGUGACCCGGAGGACAGCCAGAUUCUGCCGCACACGUACCACUUUGCCAUGAGUGGCAGGUCCUUCACCGUCAUCACUGAGCACUUCCAGGAUCUGGUCCAGAAGCUGGCCCUCCACGGCACAGUGUUCGCCCGCAUGGCUCCCGACCAGAAGACACAGCUGGUGGAGGUGCUGCAGAGUGUGGACUAUUUUGUGGGGAUGUGUGGAGAUGGAGCAAACGACUGUGGGGCACUGAAAAGAGCUCAUGGUGGGAUUUCCCUGUCAGAACUGGAAGCUUCUGUUGCCUCCCCCUUCACUUCCAGAACCCCCAACAUCUCCUGUGUUCCCAGCCUCAUCAGGGAGGGGCGUGCGGCCCUCAUCACCUCCUUCUGUGUGUUCAAGUUCAUGGCCCUGUACAGCAUCAUCCAGUACAUCAGCGUGACCCUACUCUACUCUAUCUUCAGCAACCUGGGAGACUUCCAGUUCCUCUUCAUCGAUGUCGCGAUCAUUCUGGUCAUCGUCUUCACCAUGAGUCUGAACCAGGCCUGGAAGGAUCUGGUGGCUCAGAGGCCCCCGGUGAGCCUCAUCUCUGGGCCGCUGCUGUUCUCCGUCCUCACGCAGAUCCUGCUGUGCCUGGGCUUCCAGGUGCUCUCCUUCCUCUGGGUGCAGAGCCAGGGCUGGUACGAGAAGUGGACCCCUGUCUCCGAUGCCUGUAAUAUGACCAGGUCCAACGUCUCAGCUGGUCAUAACUCAACUGACCAUGGCGACCACAGUGACAAAAACAUCAAAAACUACGAGAACACGACUCUGUUCUACAUCUCCUGCUUUCAGUACCUGAUCGUCGCCAUUGUCUUCUCCAAAGGGAAGCCUUUCAGGCAGCCAAGCUACAAAAACUGGCCAUUCCUGGUGUCGGCUUUUGGGUUAUACUUCUUCCUGCUCCUCAUCUUACUGUAUCCUAUUCCUGCCGUUGAUAACGCACUGGAGAUUGUGUGUGUCCCUUACCAGUGGCGAAUCACGUUGCUCGUUAUCAUCAUAGUCAAUGCAGCUGUGUCGGUACUGAUGGAGACCUUCGUCCUUGAUGUCAUCUUAUGGAAGCUUGUGUUCAGCCGAGACAAGCAGGGCAGCUACGGCCUCACCUCGGCUGCCCAGACGCCUCAGUCUGGUAUUGACCGCUGGGGGUCCAGAUGGCUGAGAUGGCUGUGCUGUCAGAGAAAUAAAACCCCUACAGCACGCUACAUGCACUUGGCACAGGAGCUGCGAAGAGAUCCCGACUGGCCCCCCAAACCAAGAACAAGCACUGAGGCCAGGGGCCCCCAAUCCUAGAACCAUCACUGAAGCAAGGGGACCCCAAACCUAGAACCACUGACAAAAUCAUGGGCUCCCAAACCUAGAAACCAGCACAAUGGCCGGGAGUGACCUAUCCCCAGACAUCAGAUCACGCCAAGUUACCCCAGAUUCCUAGCACACCCACCAGCCAUAACUGGACAAAGGGGCCAAACAGCAGAGACAAUACUGCCAAAACGCACAGAAUGGUUUCCUACAUACAUGUGAGGGAAGACGUUUUCACCCUUCAGCGAGCUUCCACGUGGAUGCUCAGAAGAGGUGGUGUGUUGGGUCUCUCCUGACCUGCUGUUCAGAGUCCCCCGCAGUGUAGUGCCACUUGCCUGAUAAGAGCUGCAAAAGCCCUGGCUGCAGCCCGUGGCCUCCUCAUACCUGUUGAUUGCUGCACCUUGAUUGUUUUGUAUUAUUAUUUUUCAAUAUAGAAAAGAAAAGGCAUGUUAACAAUUUGCAAGUGUUGUAAAGGUAAUAAACCCAUAAAAUCUUGCUGCUUCAUUGAUUCUGAGGAAUGGUGCUAAUACACGUUAUCGACCUUUUUGGGGGGAGACCUCAAAAACUUGUUUGAGACUAGAAUAAGGUAUUCACUUGGUACAGUCCCAUGUGCAUUGAGGGAAAAACCCUGGUGCCACGUUGGAUGUCUAAAACAUUCAUAAACAAUAACUGUCAUCCUAAAAUGUUGUGAGGAAAGUGAGGAAAGUUGUGAACUUCUUUUGGAUCUUCUUCACUUUCCCUUUUUUAUACUCUUUAAAUGUUAUUUUCUUCUUAUUUCUUCCUGUGGAAGAAGAAUGGAGGGACGAUAAUCACCAUAGUCCAGGCUUUGCCAGACUUCUUUGCUGUAUGGAUGUUUUGGUUUUUUUUUUUUUAACAGAAAUACCAUUAAUUCCUAAUGGUUUUGGCAUCUGCUGCCAGUGCAGGUACCUGCUGUAAGUGACCUGUAGACAUAUAAUUAGAAUGGUUUCAGCCAUGCAGCAUAAGUGGAUUUGAGUCAUGUAAAACCAUUUUCCACAGGUCUUUACUUUAUUAAUUUAGAAUCACUCAAUAUUCUGUGUGCAGGUAUACCUCUGCUGAAAAAGUUCAUUUUGGUCCAUAAGGUCACUUCAUUACCAGAGUUUUGUUAUCAGAUAUGUCAGUUAGCAUAUAUUGAUAGAUAUGUUCUUGAACUUGAGAAAACAGCGGUAUUUAGCAAUAAAUUGUAAACUACUAAAUGAAUAACAUCAAAUACACCUUGAACAUGAUACAUACAUUUAUGUAAUAAACAUAUGUAGAACCACUGGUACAUGACUCUGUUAAUAUGUGAAAUGACAGAGUUUGGUUUGUGUCAUAUUAGCAGUGAACUUUAAAAAUAGUGAAAACAUUUCAGAUGUAUUACAUGACAAGAAUGCUAUACCCCGACACAUAGAAAAACGUAAAAUAUUGGACCAAUUUUGUCAUUCCAUAUAUAGACUCUUACUGUAUUAAUGAACUGUAGAUACUCUCAUGAACUGUAGACACUCUAGGUUAUAGAGGGCUGACUUACCUGUAGAAUUAUAAAUGUUGGUGAGCGAAUAAGGUUCACACUAAAUUGUCAAACAGCAGUACACCAUGGUCACAAAUGCUAUAUGAUUAGCCCACCCUACCAAAAAAACUGACCUCACAAUUGCUUUGGAAAUCAGUUAUUUCCUAAAAUUGAGUCCACUGUCUCACUGUCUCUUUCUGUAUGUGUAAAUAUGUGAAAAUGUCAAAACCAGAAGUGCCUUGAUGUCCAAAUACAAGUUAAAAUGCAUUACCUUACACACUUAACUGUAUUUCUUACAUUUGCUUGGCUUGUAGCACAUUAAUUUAAAGUCAUUUCUUUUUUAGCACAAAGGGUUUAUUCAGUUUGUCAGUUUAUGUAACAAAUGCAUUUUAAUAUCUGUAAACAGAUUUUCUGUUUGAUAAGGACAAAUUAUUACAAUGAAAAAAAAUGUUGACUAUUAAUUUUUGC